UUCGCCCGCCGCCCGUCUUCGCCCUCCUCAUGCAGCCCGCCGGGACUCCCGCCAGCGAGGAAGCCGCCUCCCCGCCGUCCGCCAUCCAGAUCAGCAGGAUCAUGCGCCCAGAUGAUGCCAACGUUGCUGGGAACGUCCACGGAGGGACCAUCCUGAAAAUGAUCGAGGAGGCCGGAGCCAUCAUCAGCACGCGCCACUGCAACUCCCAGGCGGGGGAGCGCUGCGUGGCGGCCCUCGCCCGGGUGGAGCGCACCGAUUUCCUUUCGCCGAUGUGCAUCGGAGAGGUGGCGCAUGUCAGCGCUGCGAUCACCUACACCUCCAAGCACUCCGUAGAAGUCCAGGUGAAUGUGGAAUCGGAAAACAUCCUCACAGGUGCCAAGAGGGUCACCAACAAGGCCACUCUGUGGUACGUUCCCCUCUCUCUCCACAACGUCCACAAAGUUUUGGAAGUGCCCCCAAUUCAGUUUGCAGGGAAGGAGCAGGAGGAGGAAGGGCGAAGGCGCUACGAGGAGCAAAAACUGGAACGUCUAGAAACCAAGGAGAGAAAUGGGGACGUCAUCCUCCCAGUUAUCAACCCAGAACCGUACACCGUUGGCUACAGCCAGUCCAGCCUGAUCCACCUGGUGGGACCGUCUGACUGCACCAUGCAUGGAUUCGUACAUGGAGGUGUGACUAUGAAGCUGAUGGACGAGGUGGCUGGAAUUGUGGCUGCACGCCACUGCAAGACCAACAUUGUGACCGCUUCUGUGGAUGCCAUCAAUUUCCACGAGAAGAUUAAAAAAGGCAGCGUGAUCACCAUCUCCGGGCGCAUGACCUUCACAAGCAACAAAUCCAUGGAGAUCGAGGUCUUUGUGGACGCCGACCCUUUCGUGGACGAAUCCCAGGAGCGAUACCGCGCGGUCAGUGCGUUCUUCACCUACGUGUCCCUGAGCAAGGAAGGCCGGCCGCUGCCCGUCCCGCAGCUGGUGGUGGAAACCGAGGACGAGAGGAGGCGCUUUGAGGGAGGGAAAGGCCGCUACCUCCAAACCAAAGCCAAGCGCCAGGCACAGAUGCGGCCGCUGAUGCAGCAGUGACAUCCCCACGGCAGACGUUUCCAGGAGAGGGCCGCCACCGCGGUCGGAGCGUCCGCGUAGAAAUCUUCACUUCGGGCAAAUCAACUGACUGGUGGCACAUCCCCAUUCCCCCCCCCCCCCCGAGAACGGCCGUCCUGUCAUAUCUGUAAUUGUAGCGCGUCCAACAGUGGGCAGCCCUGGGUGUGGGAAGAGAGUUGCUGAGCGACUCAAGGGAGGUGUCAGAUCUGGAGACGGCUGUUCCGAUCGGACGGACCCUCAAGGCCCCUCCCUGCCCUCUCUCCUCCUCACGCUCCCCAGCACUAGAAUUCUCUGCAGGGAAAGGCAGCGCCGUUAGCGCCGAUCCACCGGGCCCUUGCGCCUUCGUAACGCCGUCCAUUUCACGUCCGUUCCUUCCUUCCCGCCCGCAAACAACCCGAAGCUUCUCCACGACAGUCUCAAAAGCUCAGACGCGGCUCCGUAUUGCAUCGGACGGCCUCUCUUGUUUCAUUCCACCUCUCUUGAAAAUAUAUAUAUAUAUAUGUAUAUGUAUGCCUAAUUUAUUUCAUGAAUAUUGUGAAUAAAGGUUGCAUGCCUUUAACUGAGACCAAA